AUGGCAGCGGUGGUGGAGGAGGUUCAUGCCACGGGGGUGGUGGAGGAGGUUCCUGCCACAGUAGUGGUGAAGGAGGAUCUAUGGGAUACCAGACCCAAGGAUCAUUCUGCCAUGGAGGAGGAGGCAGCAGCGGCUGCAGUGGCAGUGGUGGUGCUAUUUACCAGACCCACAUAUCAUCGUCCUCCUUUGGAGGAGGAGGAGGCUCAGGCCACCAGAGCCAAGGAUCCAUCAGUGGUGGCAGCGGAGGUGGAGGAGGAGGUGGUGGGUCAGGCCACCAGGGACAAGGACCCAUCUGCAUUACUGGAGGAGGAGGAGGUGGUGGUGGUGGAGGCAGUGGUGGUUCAGGCCACCAAAGUCAAGGCCCCAUCUGCAUUGGAGGUGGUAGCAUGGGAGGAGGAGGUGGAGGUGGUUCAGGACACCAAAGCCAAGUUCCCAUCUGCAUUGGUGGUGGUGGAGGAGGAGGAGGUGGUUCAGGAGGAGGAGGAGGAGGAGGUGGUUCUGGCCACCAAGGCCAAGGUCCCAUCUGCAUUGGUGGAGGUGGUGGUGGAGGAGGUGGUGGUUCUGGCCACCAAGGCCAAGGUCCCAUUUGCAUUGGUGGUGGCAGCAGAGGAGGAGGAGGAGGAGGAGGUGGUUCUGGCCACCAAGGCCAAGGUCCCAUCUGCAUUGGUGGAGGUGUUGGUGGAGGAGGUGGUGGUUCCAGCCACCAGAGCCAAGGACCCAUCUGCAUUGGUGGUGGUAGCAUGGGAGGAGGAGGAGGAGGUGGUUCUGGCCACCAGAGCCAAGGACCCAUCUGCAUUGGAGGUGGCAGCAUGGGAGGAGGAGGGGGAGGUGGUUCAGGCCACCAGGGUCAAGGAUCCAUCUGCAUCAUUGGGGGAGGUGGCUCAGGCCACCAGAGCCAGGGAUCAUCCUCUUUUGGUGGAGGUGGUUCAUCCAGUUCUGGAGAUUUACCGCUAUCUCCGAGGGAGAUGUCCCCACCGGAACAGGGGCUACAACAAUGAGAUCUCGCACCACAGAGGAGGCUACAGCAGCAGCAGGGGCUUGUCGAGCCUCCAGGGACAUGGCUCCUUCUUCUGUGGUGGAGAAGGCUCAGUCAUCUACAACCGGGGAGCUUCGUCCUGCCAGCCCAUGCCAGCAUCAUCCACCUACGAUGCUGCAGGGUGGUACAGAUGUGGCGGUGAUGGAUCUGUUGUAAUAACCGGCGAUGACAGAGAGAGGAUGUCUGGCUGGGGCACUGCAAGGGGAACAGUCUCAGUCUACGGCACUGGAAGGGGAAUAGGGUGCAGCAGUGAGGACUCAGGCGAGAACACCCCUGGCAGCUCAGGGGGUGGUGGAGGAUCCAGCCGCCACAGUGGGAAUUUGGGCAUCACUGCGGGAAGAGGCUCAGGAUAUGGAUACGAUGCAUCACCGAGAGAAAUGGUCUUAACAAGUGGGGGCAGUGGUGGAUCAGGGUACUAUAGCGGAGGAUUGGGCUAUGGCAUUGGGGGAUGCUCAGGCCCAGAGCUCAGCUGUGGAGGCGGUGGAUCCUCCCAGGCCACGCAGCAGAAAUGUCCCGUGGUCGUUCCCAACAUCGAGGCCAACCAGAGCAAGCAGACCAGCCACUGGCCCCCCAGCCAGAAGAAGUGA